UAGUGUGGACACGGUUUGUGUAUGGCAACAAAGGUGUAUCGAUUACUCAGUCCAUUCACAAAACCAGUACCGAUUCGAGUUCGAUUUAAAGUUACAAACGAUUGCAAUUUUCGUUAUUUUACAUGUAACAUGUAUCGUCAAUUUUGUGCUCAGAAUCAACAAGCAGACAUGGCAGCCCCUGGUAACCGUUUGAGAUGGGAUUUAACUGCAGAGGACAUCCCUGUCAAAGCCGAGGAGUUGAUCAAGAAAUCCAGGGCGGUCUACGAUGCCGUCGGUGCCCUUAAGCCUGAGGAGAUAAGUUAUGAUAGGGUUAUUAAGGCUCUUGCUGACAACAACCGUGAAUAUGCAGUUGAGCGCAACAUGAUAGAUUUUAUUCAGAAUGUGUCGGCAGACAAAGCACUCAGGGAUGCCAGUGUGGCAGCAGAUAAGAAGAUAUCAGAGUUUGAUGUAGAAACAAGCAUGAGAGAAGAUGUGUUUAAGAUUCUGCUAGAGUUUGAGAAAAGGCAUGGAUCAGAACUUGAGGGUGAGGCCAAGAGAUACCUGGAGAAACAGAUCAAGCUGGGGAAAAGGAAUGGUCUCCAUCUUCCUAAGGAUGUCCAGGACAAGAUAAAAGAAAUCAAGAAACGGAUGAGUGAUCUGAGCAUAGACUUUAAUAAGUACUGUAAUGAGGAGAACACAAUACUUGAAUUCACUGCUGAAGAACUAGUUGGACUACCAGAUGACUUCAUCAAUGGACUUGAAAAGACUGAGGAAGGGAAGUGCAAAGUGUCCCUAAAGUACCCUCACUACUUCCCAUGUAUGAAAAAGGCCAGGAAUCCUGAGACUAGGAAGAGACUGGAGACAGCUUUUAAUACCAGGUGUAUGAAAGAGAAUACUCCAAUUUUGGAAGAACUUGUUGAGCUGAGACAUAAGAAAGCAGAGCUUCUUGGUUUCCCCAACCAUGCUGCAUUCAUCUUAGACAUGAGAAUGGCCAAGACACCAGAGAGAGUGGAGACCUUUCUGAAAGAUUUAGCUGUCAAGCUUCAACCAUUGAAAGAUCAAGAGAUGAAGGUGUUCAUGGAGUACAAGAAAGAGGAGUGUGAGAAAUAUGGCUAUGAAUUUGAUGAUAAGUUCAACAUGUGGGACCUUCGUUACUACAUGAGCAUGGUUGAAGAGAGGCAGUACACAGUGGAUCAUACAAAACUCAAAGAAUACUACCCUCUGCAUGUAGUCACUAAGGGAUUGUUGGAAAUAUACCAGGAGCUACUUUGCUUGAAGUUUGAAGAAAUCCCCAACCCCAAGGUUUGGCAUGAAGAUGUCAAAAUGUACAGUGUGAAGGACAGUGCAAGUGGAGAUCUGCUUGGUUAUUUCUACCUUGACUUGUUUCCUAGGGAUGGAAAGUUUGGCCAUGCUGCAUGCUUUGGACUUCAGGCUGGUUGUAUGGGUGGAGAUGGCAAACGUCAGGUAGCAGUGGCUGCCAUGGUAGCAAACUUUACAAAACCAACCCAAGAUCAGCCAUCUUUACUUGAGCAUGAUGAGGUAGAAACUUUCUUUCACGAGUUUGGUCAUGUAAUGCACCAGCUUUGUGCUAAAGCAGACUUCAAAAUGUUCAGUGGCACUAGUGUGGAACGUGAUUUUGUGGAGGCACCAUCACAGAUGUUGGAGAAUUGGUGCUGGGAGAAGGAACCUUUGCAGCGCAUGUCUGCUCAUUACAAGGACAACAGUCCCAUUCCAGAUGACCUUAUGGAAAAACUUACCAAGUCCCGUAAAGCAAAUGCUGGCAUUUUCAAUCUUAGGCAGAUUGCAUUGGCAACAUUUGAUCAAAAUAUCCACACCCGUGCAAAGGCAGAUACUGCAACGUUAUUUGCAGAACUGACUCAGGAAAUCAUGAACAUUCCCUCCACUCCAGGUACUAACAUGCCUGCAGCUUUUGGCCAUUUGGCAGAUGGCUAUGAUGCACAGUAUUAUGGCUACAUGUGGAGUGAGGUGUUCAGCAUGGACAUGUUCCACUCUCGCUUCAAGAAGGAAGGCAUAAUGAACCCCAAAGUUGGCAUGGACUACAGGAACUAUAUACUCAAACCAGGUGGCUCUGUUGAUGGUGAUGUGUUACUGAAAAAUUUCCUGGGCAGAGAACCAACCCAAGAGGCCUUCCUGAUCAGCAAAGGAUUGUCCUUGGACUGAGGUGUCGAUGCUGGGAACUGACUCAAUAGAUUUCCUUCAGGAGUGAUUGUAAGGCUCUGAACAGGAAUUUUCUACAAUAGUCAAUAAAUGACACUAAGAACUUACUCUGUGUACUCAUUCAAGAUGAUGUCUGCAGUUCUAGAUGUAUUAUAUAUAUUUAGAAACUUAUUCUAGGAUAUUUCCAUUUUUUCUGAGAUUGGUAAAUGGUCUGUUGCAUAAAUGUCAUUUUGGUAAACUAAGGCUGCAAAAAUUCCGUAUAGUAUCAUUGGUGUUUAAGAUUCAGUUAUUUAUAAUUGGAGGCUAUGUGAAAUGUCAGUACAUAAAACCUGUUCUUCCAUACUUCUCUUAAUUGAAAAUAGAGGACUUAAAUAUUUUUCAUGACAUGACUACAUACUGUCUGAUCGCUGUUUGAAUUAAGCUUUUGUGAAAACUUUUUCCAUAGUACAAUAACAAUGAUAAGUUUCGUUUUAGAGAAAAAAAGGUCAGAAUAUGGUAUCACACUUUCGGCCAUGAUCAGGGAAACCUUUUACAGGGUUUAUUCCAACAAUUCUUUAUAACCAAACAUGAAAUCAUGUUAAAAUUGUUGAAUUGGUCUUAACAAAAAAUCUGUUUAAAUGUUAUCCUAUGUCCAAUAAAAACCUUCUUCUUUUUCAAAGCG